AUGGACCACGAUGUCUUUCCCUGUAAUCUAACUGCAAAUAUCGAUGAACAAAACUUUAGCGUUCAAUACGAAGCGAAAGCGAUACAAGAUGAAUUUAUUGUUCAAUUCACGGGUUAUUACAACGAACUAACACGAUCAAAUUAUUUAGCACACGUUUUUCAACGUAAUCAUGUGUUCGAUUAUGAAAUAGUCAAGCGAAAGAAUUUAAUGCAACGCUAUCCGUCCGAUUUUGACAUUGUUCGCUUCAAUAAUGACGAUCAGGUUAUCGAAGCUCUGAAAAAACAUCCACUUAUUCGAGCUGUCAAUGCUCAUCGACAGAUCAUUCGUCAUAUUCAUCAUGCAAAGAUUGAAGGUGACAAUGAUGUCAAUGGAAACAGAAGAAAACUACAUCGUAGUCCACCGAAUCAUAUUCGAAUAGCAGAAAGUUUACAAGCACCAAAACUAUGGAAAAUGGGCCAUCGAGGUGCUGGUAUUCAUGUAGCUAUAUUUGAUACUGGUAUUCAAGAUGGCCACCCACAUUUUCCAAACAUCGCAGAAGUGACAAAUUGGACUGAUGAAAAGAAUGAUCAUGACACAAUUGGCCAUGGACUAUUUGUUGCCGGUGUUAUCGGUAGUAAUAAAGAAUGUCUUGGAAUAGCUCCAGAGGCACAACUACAUAUCUUUAAAGUUUUCACAAAUAAUCAAAUCUCGUAUACAUCUUGGUUUCUUGAUGCAUUUAAUUAUGCUAUUGUAAAGAAAGUACACGUUCUGAAUUUAAGUAUCGGUGGACCAGAUUUUAUGGAUCAACCGUUUAUUGAUAAAGUAUGGGAUUUAACCUCGAAUAGUAUCAUCCUUGUUUCCGCUAUCGGAAAUGAUGGACCAUUAUAUGGCACACUAAAUAAUCCUGCAGAUCAAAUGGACGUGAUCGGCGUUGGAAGUAUAACUGUCGAUGAUGCCAUAUCACGAUUUUCAUCUCGAGGAAUGACAACAUGGGAGCUUCCAUCUGGAUAUGGUCGAAUGAAACCUGAUUUAGUAACAUACGGUUCAUUUGUACGGGGUUCAAAUCUUGUUUCUGGUUGCAAAGUGCUCUCAGGAACAAGUGUUGCAUCACCUGUUGUUGCUGGUGCUGUUGCACUUUUAGCAAGUUCUGUACUUCAUCGAACACCAAAUAUAAUCAACCCAGCGAGCUUAAAACAAGCUUUAUUAGCAUCUGCACACCGUCUUCGACAUGCGAAUAUGUUUGAACAAGGACAUGGAAAGUUAAAUCUACUACGUGCAUUUCGUAUCUUGAAUCAAUACGUACCUCAAGCAUCACUAAGUCCAUCAUACAUUGAUUUUACUGAAUGUCCAUAUUUUUGGCCUUAUUGCUUGCAACCACUUUAUCAUAGUGCUAUGCCAAUCAUUGUCAAUGUAACAAUUUUAAAUGGAAUGGAUGUUGUAGGAGAAGUUGUUGGACAACCACAAUGGCAUCCACAAGAUUCAAAUGGACAACAUCUCGAAUUAUCAUUUGAUUUUUCAACGAAAUUAUGGCCAUGGUCAGGUUAUUUAGCAAUAUCAAUGACGGUGCACCGAACCGCUGCAGAAUUUGAAGGAACUGUUCAAGGUCAUGUGACAUUAACUGUUGAAUCACCUGCUAAAGAUUCGGAAAGUUUUGCGCAACGAAGUGAUCUGGUACUACCCAUUCGUGUUCGAAUCAUUCCAACACCUGUACGUUCUCAUCGUAUACUAUGGGAUCAAUAUCAUUCGAUUGGUUACCCACCCGGCUAUUUCCCACGUGAUGAUUUAAAACAAAAGAAAGACCCGUUGGAUUGGAACGGCGAUCAUAUUCACACGAAUUUUCGUCAUGCUUACGAGCAUCUAAGAAACGCCGGAUAUUUUGUUGAAGUAUUGGGCCAACCAUAUACUUGUUUCGAUGCUUCGCUCUAUGGUAAUGGUUUACUUUCAUUUUCACUAGUGAAACUUUUUUUUAACUUUUUCAAAGGAACAUUGUUGGUGGUUGAUCCUGAAGAAGAAUUUUUUGAUCAGGAGAUUGCUAAAUUGCAUAAUGAUGUUGUGAAUAACUCUCUUUCAUUGAUUGUCUUUGCUGAUUGGUAUAAUGCAUCAGUGAUGAAACGUGUUCAAUUCUACGAUGAAAACACCCGACAAUGGUGGUUGCCAGAAACUGGUGGUGCUAAUUUACCAGCGUUGAAUAAAAUGAUGAAGCCACUUGGUAUUGCUCUUGGCGAUACGGUUUUGGAAGGAAACUAUGAACUUGGUGAACAUAUGAUUUACUAUGCAUCAGGCACACAUAUUGUUCGAUUUCCUGCCGAUGGCUACCUAAUUUAUCGUCCAUUGAAUGAUCAAGGCGAAACAAUCAUACAGAUGCCCGUCUCACCGCAUAUGCCUCAACAGCGGCAUUUGAAUCUCGAAGAUCAUGAAAGACCAAAAAAACCACAGAUCGAUAUUGAAUCCAUUAUGAAACCUCAUCCAAUUUCAAUGCCAAUUCUUGGCCUAGUCGAAUCUGCCGGUGGUGGACGCAUUGCUGUCUAUGGUGAUUCAAAUUGCAUCGAUUCAGUUCAUCUUGUUCGUGAUUGCUACUGGCUCUUACUCGCAUUAUUAGAAUUUACGACAUCGAGCCGCGUACCAAAACUGUUUUUACAAUUGGAUGAAAAUCGACAAAUGGAUCUCGAUGUACCUGAACUUCAACAGUUAAACACAAGUCGUCUACAUAUAUUUUCACGUGUUAUUGAAAAGAAUCCAUUAGAUAAUACGACUAGACAAAGACCUUUGCCUCAAUGUAUUGUUAGUAAACCAGUGAAAUCUUCUGAACCGUUGGCCAAUACUCUCCCAUCGAAUAUGAACAUCAUGAAAUAUCAAAAUCCGUCGAUGCCAAAUGAAGAUGACACUGUUGUUGCUAGCGUUAUGAUUGAUACAAGUGAAACAUCAUCACGUUUUAGAAAAACUUUCUUUUCAUUACGAAAUCCAAUGUUUAUUCCAAUAUUGUUUGGCUCAUUUGGUGUUUUGUGCGCUUUCAUCAUUUUUUGUCGAGCGCAACUCUAUCGUCUCUUCAUCUUCAUCUUUUAUGGAAAUGGAUUCUAUGAUCGAAGAUCCGGUAGUUCUAGAUUGAAACAAAUAACUAAACACAAACAGUAUCAUUACAUGACAGCAUUGAAUAAGCCAUAG